GCUAGAGGCUAGAGCGAGGGACCGGAAGUGAGAGACGGACCGAGGAGAGAGAUAGAGAGACAAAGGGGAGAGACCAAGCGCCAGAGACACAGAGAGGGGGGCGGAGGAGAGAGAGGGAGAGGGGAAUCGCGGGAGGGAGGCGGGGUUUUGGCGAGAUUUGAGUUUCCCCCCACGCUCCCGCCAUGGUGUCCGACCAGGAGAUCGCCAGCUGCGUCGAGUCCGUCCUCCGUGGCUCCGCCGGCGGGCCCGGGGAGGCGUCGCUCGCCGCCGUGCUGCAGCAGGCGGAGGCCACGCUCGGCGUCGACCUUUCCCACAAGGCGGGCUUCAUCCGCGACCAGAUGGACCUCUUCUUCGGCCCGCGCCUCCAGCCGCAGCCCCCGUCCAAGCCCCAGCCGGCGCCUUCCCCGCCUCAGGCCGUCGUUGCCCCCGCGGCCGCCGUGCCGCAGCCUCAUGUCUUACCGCAGGUGCAGGCACAUGCACAGGCGCAGCAGAUGCAGCCGCAGCAGCUCGCGCCGCUCCAGCCGCAGCUCAUCUUCCAGACCAUCCCUCAGCUCUCCGCCAUGGCCCCCGUCCCCGCGGUCUCCGCGCCGCCGGCCGUGCCGGCCAUGGCGUUCUACCCGCCGCCGCCGCUCGCCUUCCGCUACACCACCGGCCUCGCUGGGGCCGCCACCGGUGGGACCGUCUCUUUCCAGCAGCCGACCCCUGGGGCUGGGGGCACUGCUUCCCCUACCGCUGCACCGCAGGUCGCCGGCGACAACAAGGAAAGUGCUUCUAAGCGAAAAAGAGGUGGACCUGGUGGUUUAAAUAAAAUUUGUGCAAUUUCACCUGAACUUCAGACCAUUGUUGGUGAGACUGCUAUGUCAAGAACCCAGAUUGUGAAGCAGCUAUGGGCAUAUAUCAGGCAGAACAAUCUUCAAGAUCCUGAUGACAAAAGGAAGAUCAUUUGCAAUGACGAACUUCGUGUGGUUUUUGAAACUGACACCACCGACAUGUUUAAAAUGAAUAAGUUGUUGGCUAAGCACAUAACCCCACUUGACCCAAAAGAUCAGCUUCAUGAAGUAAAAAGAAUGAAGGCUCCCACAGUGGUUCCUCAACCACCUCCCAUUAAUCAGCCCAGUGUAGUUAUUUCUGAUGCACUUGCAAAGUUCAUCGGAACAGAUGGAACAUUUCCUCAAGAUGAUGCCCUGAAAUACCUGUGGGAUUACAUAAAAGCAAACCAACUUGAGGAUGUCAUCAGUGGAUCAAUAUUAUGUGAUUCAAAGCUUCAAGAGCUCUUUGGCUGUGAGAGUAUUCCUAUGUCAGGACUAUCAGAAAUGCUUGGUCACCACUUCAUCAAGAAAACAUAGCAAAUCCUCGUUAACUGAUCUAGGAUUGCAGUUUGGCAGAUAGGCCUAACAUUACAAUAUGGUGUUCUUGACAGAAUGGACAGCAUAGCGUCUGUAUUUCUUCAAUGUUAUGGAAUAUGAAUGGUGUCUGGCAAAGAUCAUAUUAUUUGCGGUAGAGGUAGCCUGUGCUUUGUUACGUGUGCAGGCCACCGCUGCGGCGUCUGGUGGAACCUCUUUACUGAAUUCGUAGUGCUAGUUCUUAAAUGUCAAAAUGUCAUUUCUGACUAUGUAAAGUUGCUUUCUAUUUGAGUGCCAGAUUGUACUCUUAAAAAGGAAUUUGAAGGAAUUUCUGUAGGUACCGAUAAUCUUGUUACUUCCGAAUUGCGAAGAUGAAAUCUUUGAAGGUCA